CUUACAACAACAGAUCACUUAAGAUUGUAGAAAUAACACUCGUUUAUACUUCGUAAUUCUGCGUUUGUAUUUCGUAACACUUCUUUAAUACUUCGUAUAGCUCUCUUACGCUUCGUUUAUACUUCGUGUAACUCCACAACAUUUACUUUGGAUUUCGUAUAGCUUCGCAACACUUCGUAUUAAUUUGUUACACUUCGUUUUUAAUUCGUAUAACAUCGUAACACUUCGUUAAUAUACGUUUCAACUCCGUAACUUUCGUCAAUCGUCGUUACAGCUCGUUGUUGCAUUCGUUAAACUUCGUAACUUCGUUUAUUAAUUACCAUUUCACUUCGGCGCUGCGCAAAAACUGUUCGUUUAUCAUCGAAACACUUCGACGCAGCACUAGAACACUUCGUUCAUCUUCAUAUCAAUUUGGCGCCGCGUAGCUCUAGCGUUGUUAAUUCAUUCAUACUUUUGCUCAACCCAUUACCCUUUAUCGGGCAUAAUCAACAACAACAACAAAAACAGCAAACAUGGGCGAUGAAUUGGAGGAGCGCACCUUCAAGGAGAAGAUGCUCUUCUAUACCACUGCCUUCUUCAUUCUACUCGGCACAUUCAGCAUGUUCGCCUUUCUCUUUCUUGUGCCCUUUGUCAUCGAGCCCGCAUUCACAACGAUAUUCAUGCAAUUCGAAGAGGUGCCAGCGCUGUGCGAAACCUACGAUGUGGAAACCUAUUUCGGCGCCAAGAAUUGCUCGUGGGCGUCUUGUCGUGAGGGUUGCACAAAGGAUAUUUACACUUGUACGCAAAUACGCGUCAACUAUCGACUGAAUUUGUAUAAUUACACAGAUGAAUUCAAUUUCACUGAAUAUCACAUCAAUUUGGCUUGGGCGGAACGUGAAUUGCCGCCAGUGAAGCGUACGGAUCGCUAUGAGCGCGCUAUACGCGAUUAUGAUUACGAUGCGGCUACGAGUGAUGCCGCCAAAGCGAAUCAGUUAGAAGGGGCAAUGGGUGCGCCAAUUGGCGCUGUGGGGUCAGCGUCUGCAUCUGCGUCGGCAGCAGCAGCAGCAGCAGCAGCAGCAACAGCAUCAUCAUCGGCGGCGGCGGCGGCAGCAUCGAGCAACAACGUGCAGCUGGAAACGAUCAGCUUUGAUGGUGGUUUAGAUGGUGGUGGUGGUGGUGGUGGUGGUGGUGCAAUUGGUGAUGGCACAAGCGGCUAUCUCGUCGAUGAGGAGGCCAUGGAUGAUGAUUUGGGCCUUGGUGGUAUUGGUGGUGUGCUCAUCAACGAGGAGCGCCAGCCCUUCGAUGAGAUAUCCGAAUUGAAUGAGGGUCUCAUGGGCAAUAAUUCGAUGUAUUUUUAUGUUGGCGCGCGCCUAUUCCCUAACGUUAAGGGUUGCGGCUAUCCGCCCAUGCUCAAUUGCACCAUUUGGUUGAAGCGUUACACGAAGAUUGGCAUCAAAUUUCCAUGCUACUAUUCAAAAGUGGAUCCAAGUUUGGUGAUAAGCGAUUUGGAUUAUUGGCAGAACACAUUAAAUCUGAUCUAUUCGAUGGCCAUACCGAUACCAUCGUUCAUUAUAUCGGUGAUAUACCUGACAUAUGCGUACUUCAAAAUCUAUAAUGAGGAUGAAGAGACGGCGCCGCUCGAUAAGAACGCCGAAGAUAUGGAUAUUGAUGAGGGUGAAGUGGAUGAGAGUGAUGGCGCUGCGUUGGCAAAUAAUGUCGCUGGCAGUCAAAUCAUCAAUAUGGACUCGACGACGGGUGAGAGUUGUGUGGAUGUGGUGCUGCCGAAUGGUGGACCCGGUAUGACAACCUCAAUAUCGCAGGGUGGCUCGGUCACAACGCCUGGACAGUAUUUGGCGCAAUCGCCGGUCGGUUCACAAAUGACACCGAAUUCCGAUAUGAACUCAUUCGGUCAUCAGCUUAAGGUGCAAAUGGCAGACGAAAUGUCACGCGACUCACUGGAAAAUGGCGUGCUGUCGACUUCGAAUUCUGUGCAAGGAAACUUGAGCAAGACGAUGACGACGAGUAUCUCAACUCCUCCUGGGCCGACGGCAGCAGUUUAAAACGCAAAGUCCAUGGCAUGGAUAAUAUACGUUUUCGCAUUGGACAAUGAAAUGUGUGCGCAUCAAUUACUUAUUUAGCUUUUAAAUAAAAAAUAAAAUCUCAGCUCGUACCAGAGAUAUGAACACACACCACACGACAAUUAUCACUAACCAAAA